AUGGAACAGCACUUGAGUAUUAGAAUUGUUAAUUAUCAGAAGCAAGCAAGUGGUCGUUUGGGAGCAAGUAACCUUGUUCUCCCUUCGAGAACGUUCCAGCGCAGAAACCGAAUUCGGAGCGCAGAUCGAUUGGAGAAGUUUAGGGACUGUGUUGGUUAUCGACGGAGCUGUGCGGCCGGUAUGGUGGAAACCAACAUCUUCCAAGGAGCAACUUCGGCACUGGCUCGAAAGAACCUGGAGCGCGAAGGCACUGGGGAACCCGGUCAGCAUUAA